CACAGAGCGUCAAACAUUUAGAGAACAUUUCAUAACUAACGGUAGUGUUCAUAUAAAGGAUAUUUAUCUGAAUAGUGUUGCGGAAAACCGAAUAUCAAGAAAUAAUACUAAGCAUUUAACAAAAUGGGGUCUUGUGGAAUUUUGUUACGACCGUCACAAAUUCACUUCUCUCAGUGUACUAUUUCAAAUACGUUUAAAAAUGGGGCGUUGAUUAAAGAGCUAGUGGAUGAUAUCAACGCCGGACGUUGUUUAGCGACAGCUGUAAAGCCAAUUGAAGUAUCAGAGAUUGACAAGGUAUGGUACACGAGUGACAAUCGUAGACUUUGGGUGUUCCAACAGCUUGAACUUAUUGGUAAAUUGAAAGAAAUACGAGUAAAAGUUAUAAAAAAGAUUUGGUCAGGGAAAAUGACCAAUGAAAUGGGUGGAACAAGUAUAGUCAUAAAAAAUAGUGGUGACCCAGGAGGAAAAACGUACACAAUGGUACCGCAAGUUCCAAUGAAACAAACCAAAACAAGCAUAUCAAAGAAAGCCGGGAAAUCAUUACAGCAAUUUUCCGGGGACAAAACGAUACCAGUAGUCUCAACUUGCAAGAAAACAUCUCAACCUGCCUGUAAAAGAAAACAAGCAAAUGACACAGACUCGUCACUCUGUAUAUCAAUGAAACCAAAGAAAGUCAAAGUGGGUGGCGGAAGUAGUAGUAAGCCAUCUAAUGGGUCUACAUCAAUGAAACCAAUUGCAGUCAAAGUCGCUGGCGGAAGUUGCAGUAAGCCAUCUAAUGGAUCUACAUCAAUGAAACCAAAUACAGUCAAAGUGCGUGGCGGAAGUGGUAGUAAGCCAUCUAAUGGGUGCACAUCGAUGAAACCAAAGACAGUCAAAGUCGCUGGCGGAAGUUGGAGUAGGCCAUCUAAUGGGUGCACAUCGAUGAAACCAAAGGCAGUCAAAGUCGCUGUCGGAAGUGGUAGUAAGCCAUCUAAUGGGUGUACAUUAGUGAAACCAAAGACGGUCAAAGUCGCUGACGGAAGUGGUAGUAAGCCAUCUAAUGGAUCUACAUCAAUGAAAACAAAUACAGUCAAAGUCGCUGGCGGAAGUGGAAGUAACCCAUCUAAUGGGUGUACAUCAUUGAAACCAAAGACAGCCAAAGUCGCUGUCGGAAGUGUUGGUAAGCCAUCUAAUGGGUGCACAUCUAUAAAACCAAAUACAGUCAAAGUUGCUGGCGGAAGUGGUAGUAAGCCAUCUAAUGGGUAUACAUUAGUGAAACUAAAGGCAGUCAAAGUCGCUGGCGGAAGUGGAAGUAAGCCACCAAAUUGUUCUACAUCAAUUAAACCGAAGACGGUCAAAGUGUCUGGCGGAAGUGGAAGUAAGCCAUCUAAUAGUUCUACAUCAAUUAAACUGAAGAUGGUCAAAGUGGGUGGCGGAAGUGGAAGUAAGCCCUCUAAUGGGUCUACAUCAAUGAAAACCAAGGCAGUCAAAGUGUCUGGCGGAAGUGGAAGUAAGCCAUCUAAUAGUUCUACAUCAAUUAAACUGAAGACGGUCAAAGUGGGUGGCGGAAGUGGAAGUAAGCCAUCUAAUAGUUCUACAUCAAUUAAACUGAAGACGGUCAAAGUGGGUGGCGGAAGUGGAAGUAAGCAAUCUAAUGGGUCUACAUCAAUGAAAACCAAGGCAGUCAAAGUGGGUGGUGGAAGUGGUAGUAAGCCAUCUAAUGGAUGUUCAUCAAUGAAACCAAAGACAGUCAAAGUGUCUGGCGGAAGUGUUAGUAAGCCAUCUAAUGGUCGCACAUCGAUGAAACCAAAGACGGUCCAAGUGGGUGGCGGAAGUGGAAGUAAGCCCUCUCAUGGAGGUACAUUAAUGAAACCAAAGACAGUCAAAGUGGUUGGCAGAAGUCGUUGUUAGCCAUCUAUUAGGUGUAAAUCAAUGUAAUUAAAGGCAGUCAGGUUGUGUGUCGAAAGUUGGAAUUGUUACGCUAACAAUGAUGUAGACACUUAUGGAUGUGAAAGGGUUUACAAAAGUGGAUCAAAAAAGAAGCGAGGAAAGCGUUCAAAGAAAAGCAAGAAGGAAAUGCUCGAUGAAUUUGCAGAAAAUGCAAAAGAAAGAAAACGCGCGCAAUGUUAACAGUCAGAAGAGAUGCAUCUGGAAGCUGAAUCUUUCGACGAUAUGUUUUCAAUGGACGAUCAGAAUGUGAAAGACAGGUGCUUUGAUUACUGAGAGUUCUAAGGCGGAACUUAACAACUUAAAAACACCCCUAUUUUAUAUAGUAUGUAUUUAUAAUGUUGUUUGUAGAGUUUUAUGCUGCUGUUUGUGCAAUGUCUUUGGCGUUUACCCUGUGCCAUUAAACGGGGUUUACGUUUAAAAAUUUCGGCUACUGAGCUUGUUUCUGUAGUUUCCCAUAUAAACAUUGAUAGCGUUACAUCUGAUGUACGUUUGGCGUAUACAUUAACGCAGCUUACAUAGUAGUCAAAUUUCAAUAACCUCGUACAUGAACACUUUUCUGCAACUGAUUGAUUUGAUUCCGUGAUUUCGGACGCAUUUUUUUUUAAACAGAAUGAUGUGCAAUAUAUACAGGCAAACUUUAACCUCGAAACAAUG